CCUUUCUCUCUCUCCCCCUUCUCCUUCUCUCUCUCACACGCACACCCUUUGCAGACCGUUCAUUCAGUGCCAGUGUCUAAUGGCACCGAAGUAAAUAGCCGAGCAUUGUUCCGGCAGUGUCAGAGCAGAGCGGGGCCAGCCUUCCUCAGAUGAAUUCCUCCUAAAUAGCGCCCGAGGGGGACGGGAGGGGACGGAAGAGGAGGGGGAGAGCCAGAGGGGAGAGCCAGGAAGACAGAGGAUAAGCAGUGUGUAGAAGAGGACGAAACUGCGAGCAGCUUCACGGCUACCUGUCAACACAUGCUGUGCUCCAUGGCUAACUCGGGCUGCCUCCUUGUCUCCAACUCAGGCAUGCUUCCUCACUCUCUCCCCUGUCCUCCAGCCUUCCUCUACCUCCAACAGGGUAACCAGGACGCCACGGCUCCGCCUGACGCGAUGGCACAGCCCUACCCCCCGGCCCAGUACCCCCCGCCCCAGAACGGCAUCCCCGCAGAGUACGCGCCGCCGCACCCCCACCCCACGCAGGACUAUUCGGGGCAAAGCACAGUACCGGAGCACGCCAUGACCCUCUACACACCAGCACAGAGCCACGCCGAGCAGCCGGGCUCCGACGCCAGCACACAGUCCAUAGCAGGGACGCAGACGGUACCGCAGACAGACGAAGCGGCACAGACAGACAGCCAGCAGCUACAUUCCUCAGACAACACAGACAAGCAGCAGCCCAAGAGGUUACACGUCUCCAACAUCCCCUUCCGAUUCCGGGACCCCGACCUGCGGCAAAUGUUUGGGCAAUUCGGGAAGAUCCUCGAUGUGGAGAUCAUUUUCAAUGAGCGGGGCUCCAAGGGUUUUGGGUUUGUAACUUUUGAAACUAGCACAGAUGCCGACCGGGCACGAGAGAAGCUGAAUGGCACGAUCGUAGAGGGCCGGAAGAUUGAGGUGAACAACGCCACAGCCCGGGUGAUGACGAACAAGAAGACUGCAAACCCCUACACUAACGGCUGGAAGCUGAACCCAGUGGUGGGAGCUGUCUACGGCCCCGAGUUCUAUGCAGUAACGGGGUUCCCGUACCCUGCCACGGGGACAGCUGUGGCCUACCGAGGGGCACACCUACGGGGACGAGGUCGUGCCGUCUACAACACGUUCCGGGCUGCACCCCCACCGCCGCCCAUCCCUACCUAUGGCGCGGUUGUCUACCAGGACGGGUUCUAUGGAGCAGAAAUCUACGGGGGCUACGCUGCCUACAGAUACGCGCAGCCUGCGGCCGCAGCAGCAGCAUACAGCGACAGUUACGGCCGAGUGUACGCAGCCGCAGACCCCUACCACCACACCAUCGGCCCCGCCGCCACGUACAGCAUCGGCACCAUGUGAACACGCAGCCGUUUUCCUUCUGGGACCAGGAAGGGCAAAACAAAACACACACACACACACACAUACACACACACACACACACGGUUUAAAAAA